GAGAGAGAGAGAGAGAGGGGGUGAGCUGGUGUCUUCUCCGCCAGCAUUUGCAUCAGCUGCCUUUCAGAGGAAGAAUCCCCCGUGCAGUCAUCCAGGGAGCAGGAGGUUCAAGGCAGAUGAAGGAAUGGGAAAAGAGGCUGCUUUGCACCGUGGGAAGUGCCUCGGCGGCGUUCACAAGGUACAGUGAUUGAUUUCCAGUAUGAAGCUCAGCAGUGGGAGCAAAAUCAUUUCCAUCUUCAAAGACAGAAGCAGCAGCAGCAGCAGCAGCAGACGGCUGCAUCGGGGAAAUAUUCGGGUUCAGUGAUAUGCUAGCGCUGGAUGUGACUGAAGGUGGGAAAGAAGAUUUUCUGAACCUUCUGACAAUCCCAGCAUCGUCGUCUGGACCUGAACAUUCGGCCUACUUUUCAAACCUCCUGUUUCCCGACCGCACUCCCUGGCUUUGAAGGAUGGGUGAUGGGCCUGUGACUGACCCCGCCCACCUACCCCGUCUUACCCUUCGAUGGAGCCGACAUGGAACUCCUCCCACACGCCUCCGCAGCCCACUUCCAACGUGUCCGCCUCCUCGCUGCCCGAAGGCUGGGCUCUGUCCCAGGCUCUAGCCCUGCUGGCGAUGCUGCUCAUGGAUCUGCUGGCCGUGGUGGGCAACGUGGCUGUCAUGGCGGUGAUCGCCAAGGCCCCGCAGCUCCACAAGUUUGCCUUCGUCUUCCACCUGUGCGUGGUGGACCUCCUGGCGGCCCUGGUGCUGAUGCCGCUCGGCAUGCUCUCCAGCCGGGCCUUCUUCGGCGAGGCCCUGUGCCGGAGCUACGUCUUUCUCAGCGUGUGCCUGGUCAGUGCCGCCAUUCUCUCCAUCUCCGUCAUCAACGUGGAGCGCUACUACUACAUCAUCCACCCCAUGCGCUAUGAGGUGAAGAUGACUGUCGGUCUGGUGGCGUCGGUGCUGGUGGGGAUAUGGGUCAAAGCCCUGGCCAUGUCCGCUCUGCCGCUGCUCGCCUGGCUCCUGCAGGGCGGAAGAACUCCUCUUCUGGAGAGCGGUGGGGUCGGGGGAGGAGGCGGAGGAGCUAUCCCUCCUCCCCCGACGGCUCAGGGUCACAGGCGCUGCUCCCUGCACUGGACUGGGGGAGGGUCCAACCGCUUGGCCUUCAUGGUCCUGUUCACGCUGGUGUACUUCCUCUGUCCGCUGUUGGUCAUUCUGGUCGUCUACUGCAACAUGUUCAAAGUGGCCCGGGUGGCCGCCAUGCACCACGGCCCGCUCCCCACCUGGAUGGACACGCCGCGGCGGCAGCGCUCAGAGUCGCUCAGCAGCAGAUCCACCAUGGUCACCAGCUCUGGGACGGGGACCGGCACCGACAGAGCCACCCCGCAUCGACCCUUCGGGGGAGGAAAGGCGGCGGCCGUGCUGGCGGCUGUAGGCGGGCAGUUCCUCUGCUGCUGGCUGCCCUACUUCACUUUCCACCUGUACUCAGCCCUGGCCGCCAGCCCACCGGCUGCGCUGGCCUCUCUGGAGGAGGUGGUGACCUGGAUCGGCUACUUCUGCUUCACCUCCAACCCCUUCUUCUACGGCUGCCUGAACAGGCAGAUCCGCGAGGAGCUCGGCAAGCAUCUGCCCUGCCUGUUUCGCAGAGCCGGCCUCGAGAUGGAGGACAGACUGCCGAGCCGUGACGGGUCCAUAGAGGAGAAUUUCCUUCAGUUCCUUCAGGGCACCGCCUGCAACCUGGACCCUCAAAACUCUCGCAGCACUUCUAGCCCCAAGGUGGGAGAGGCCUGCUGUCCCGUUGCUCAGUGCCAGCCGACCGAAAUAGCACAACCCAUUCCCAUUGAUUUCCGCAUCCCUGGACAGAUUGCCGAGGAGACGUCGGAGUUUAUUGAGAUUGAACAGGCGAAAAACAACCACAUAUAUACAGACAAUUAGUUCACCUGUUGUUGUCGCUCAAGCCGCCAGCAGAGAUGUAAAGGGGUUUCAGGAAAUUCUCCCUUUUGUUGUCCCUAGGCUCAACCCGUCAGGUUUUCAUCACAUGUUUCAGCUUACGGCGACAAACUCAAAAGUGUCAAAGAAUGAAUGCCAACUGAACCUUUUCACAUUCUCUCGUGAUACAGCUGCAAAAUGUGUGCAUUAUUUAUCUCCGUGGCCGCACAAAGACGUUUGUGAGGCAGCGGGAAAGGGAUUUAUGAUUUUCAAAAGGUUUUACAAAUAAAAAAUCUGACAUGUUAAGUGUAUGUAUAAAUAUAUAUAUAUAUAUAUAUGUCCCUUUAAUCUCUUUCUUUACCACCCCAAUAAAAUCCAGCACAACCUAUUGCCUUCAGACAUCACGUAAUUCAACCUAAAUAAAUAGAGUCCCGCGGUGUAUAAUUUUACCUUUGUACCAAUCCAGCUUUUCUGGGAAGGCCAGUUAGAGAACAAACAGCAUCAUUCCCAUGUUAAACAACAUCUAAUGAAGAACCGGCUCAGUCAAUCACCCAGAAAUGGAAAGAGUAUGAGCAGCAGUAAAAAAAAUAAACUAACAAGAGAUGGCUGUCCACCUAAACCAGGAGUCAGCAAACCUCGUCCAUCUCAACAAAAUGUGUUUACUGCUCCAAAAGUAUCAUUGCUCCAUCCAAUAAAUAGCUUGUUUUUAUAAUGCAUACUAUAGAAAUUUUGUUCAGAACCAUAAAUUAAAUCACAACAAAUUGUCUUCAAUAGAACAUUCAAAGGGGAAAUAUGGAAUGGAAAAGCUGCUUAUGCUAGCAUUUUUGUAAUAAUCAGAUGUGGCUCUGGAGCCGCAGGUUGCAGACGCCUCUAAACUAACAGGUCAAGCAAAUCUACACAAGCAGCCAAGAGGAACAUGUAACUCUGGAGGAGGUGCAGCAACCCACAGCUCAGGUGGGACAAUCUGUCGACACGACAGCUCUUAGUUGCACACUUAACACGUUGCACUUGACCUUCAUGGUGAAGAUGAAAAGUAAAAAAAAA